AUGAAAUCGGUUCUCGUUGCCUUUGUUUUUCUUAUUAACACCGGCAUUUCUGCUCCAUUGCCGACCAAUACUCCUGCUCUAGUUGCCGACCCAGAUGGUCCGUUCGGGCACAUCCCGGGUCCUCCAGUUAUUCCUCCUACAAUACCGGUUCCGCCUCACGAGCCCCUGAUUCCGGCUCCUCUACCUACUCCUCCUAUCCAGUCUCCGUACCCUUCACCCAUCCCGGCUCCUCCACCCGGUACUCCAACCUCGGGUCUUCCGCUUCUUCCUCCCAUACCUACCCCGAUCCUGGAUCCCUUCGAUCCUCCAAGACGCCUUGUCAGAAACCUGAAGGAAAGAGACGACAUGGGUAGCAUAUUUAAUGCUACCGAACUUGGUAUCUCCGUUUCUGGAAAGAUUCGCGAGACGAAGAUUCAUAUCCGUGAUGAGAGAUCGGAGAAACGCCAGCUGGCAACGACACAUUGA